AUGUCAUACUCGACGAGGCAAAUUGGUGCACCAAACACAACAGAAUUUAAGACUUACAUUGAGAAGGACAACAAGGUCAUCUCACCUUUCCACGACUUGCCUUUGUACGCCGAUGACUCAAAGACCAUUUUGAACAUGGUUGUCGAGAUCCCAAGGUGGACCAACGCAAAGAUGGAAAUCACCAAGUCUUCCUUCUUCAACUCGAUCGAACAAGACACCAAGAAGGGCAAGCUGCGUUAUGUGCGUAACUCUUUCCCUUGGAAGGGCUACAUCUGGAACUACGGUGCCUUCCCUCAAACCUACGAGGACCCAGACAGCGUCCACCCAGAGACCAAGGCUAAAGGUGACGGCGACCCAAUCGACGUCUGUGAGAUUGGUGAGGCUGUUGGCCACAUCGGUCAAGUCAAGCAAGUCAAGGUUUUGGGUACUCUCGCUCUACUCGACGAAGGCGAAACUGACUGGAAGAUCAUUGUCAUCGACGUCAACGACCCUCUCGCACCAAAGAUCAACGACAUCGAAGACGUAGAGCGCCACCUUCCAGGUCUUCUCCGUGCCACCAACGAAUGGUUCAGAAUCUACAAGAUCCCAGACGGAAAGCCAGAGAACCAAUUCGCUUUCUCAGGUGAAGCUAAGAACAAGAAGUACGCUACCGAGAUUGUCCACGAGUGCCACGAAGCCUGGAGAGGUCUUCUUACCGGCAAGGUCAGCAGCGAGGGUGUUUCAUGCGCCAACGUCUCUGUCGAAGGCUCUAAAGACAAGAUCUCUACCACUGAUGCCCAAUACAACCAAAUCCCAGCUCACUCGCCACAGCCAGCUGCUCCAGUUGACCCUUCCAUUGACAAGUGGUUCUUCAUCUCUGCUGCUUAA